GCUCAGUGGUGUUAUUGCCGUGUCCAUGAUACGUUUCAUCAGUAUUGUUUGUAGUUUUUUAUUCGCUCAUCAUAAUAUGAUGUUUUGACGAUUAUGCGAUAGGUAUGUGUCAUUUCAAAUUUCUACACAUUUUUCUAUCUUUUGUAAAUUGUUGAGCGGUAGUACACGAAAACGUAUGUGGACAAAGUUCAUCGUUAUCUAUUAUCCGUAUAAAACAAAAGGUUACUAUAAUUUUUUGAUUGCGCAUGACGCAUCACAAUUUUUAUUACCGCCUUACAUGAUUUACGUACACAAUAACAUUUCCACAUAGUGUUCGUUGACGGUUGAACGCGCGUUCAAAAGGUCUUUUAAUUUAAUGAUAUUUUGUUGACAAUAGUCCACAACAACCGACUGAAAGUAAAAUGUUUUCCCUUAGUUUAUUCAAUGACAUACUCCGACCAUUCAACACGACAUACAGAUGCUGGUCAGUGUCAAUGCUACCUGGCACCGAACGAGAAGACGUUGAACGUGGUGGAAAAAUUAUAAUGCCCCCGUCUGCUCUGGAUAUUCUGACUCGGUUAAAUAUCAACUACCCGAUGUUGUUUAAGCUAACUAACAAAAAAAGCAACAGACAGACUCAUUGUGGUGUAUUGGAGUUCAUUGCAGAUGAAGAGAAAAUAUACAUUCCUUAUUGGAUGAUGAAAAACUUAUUACUAGAUGAAGGAGAUGUGGUGCAAGUUGAAAGCGUUUCGUUAGAAGUAGCCACUUUUUCAAAGUUCCAACCUCAAAAUUCUGAAUUCCUGGAUAUUACUAAUCAAAAAGCUGUUUUAGAAAAUUGUUUGCGCAAUUUUGCUUGUUUGACUACUGGUGAUAUAAUAGCCAUAAAAUACAACCAAAAAGUUUACGAAAUGUGUGUGUUAGAAACCAAACCGGGCAACGCCGUUAGUAUCAUUGAAUGUGAUAUGAAUGUUGAGUUUGCUGCACCAGUUGGUUACCAAGAACCUAAACAUGAAAAAAAACCUGCUGCAGAAGAGAUGAUGAUUGAUCCUGCCGAUUUAAUGCCUGAACCAACAGGUUUCGUAGCAUUUAAAGGUUCAGGCAAUCGAUUAGACGGUAAAAAAAAGAAAGAAAAUCCUGACGAUCAAUUGAAUCAAGUUAAAGUAGCAUACCAAAGAGGUAUCCCAGAUUAUAAUUAUUCUAUUGGAAAUAUACAGUUCUUGAGGAAUAUUCGUUCUGUGACUAAUAAUGAGAAUGAAAAUCAAGAAGGAUUUAAGCCAUUUGCAGGUUCUGGAUCAGUACUAAAAACAAAAAAAAAAAAAACAUAAGAUAAUUUUCUUUUAAAGCAUGCACUUAUAUUUAAUAUGGGAGCAUUUAAAUUUUUAAAAAAUGUACAUUUUUCAAAAUAAUUUUUAAUUUAAUUGCAAAAUAGUUUUGACAUGAUGAUUUUUUUAUAGUUAAAAAUAAGUAUUUUACACAGUUAUUAUAUUAUAUUCAAGUAUUAGCACAUAGAUUAUUGGUUUCUCAUAGAUGUAAUUUUCUCAAUAAAAUAAAAAAAAAUAAUAAAAUGUAUAUAAAUAUGUAAUAACAUUAUUUUCUAUAUUUUCAAUGGUUUAUUAUUAAAAAUUUUUUCAUAUAUUAUAUUUUCAACAAUUACUAUUAGUAUAUGAUAGGCGAUUACAGAUAAAAAUAUUAGUUUGGGAUGAACAUUUUGUUAAGGAUUAUGUUUAUUACUAAAUCAACAAACCAAACAAUAAUAAUCAAAUAAGAAAAUACCUGAUAAUAAUUUUAAUUGAACUAAAAUACUGA